UUUUAAUUUAUACCUCAGUUAUUUAUCACUUUAACCAAGAGUAGAAUUCGUCAGAACUCUAUCGCUUCUAAAGCAUUUCAAUGGCCUGCAUCUGUGGUAUUAUCUCCCUAAUUGUACAGUUUGCUGUACUUGGCCUUGUUUUGGCUGGUAUCCUCCUUGAUGAGUUUCGUCCGAGAAAUGCCGAUCAAUACCCCGACAAAGGUAAGUUCUAUAUUACAUUAUGGGGUGUCAAAGAUAACCUUUACAAGCAUAAUUAUAAAUAUAAGCCAUCCGAUCUAUGGUCCGAAUGUUCUAGCCGCGUAAAUCAUUUUAAAAUAGCUGCAUGCAUGGCUAUCAUAGCUGUUAUUAUUGCAGUAGUCAGAACCUUGUUGGGAAUCUUACACACCUGCUGCUGUUGUAUCUGUGUUUGUAUAAUUUUACCUAUUGUGAGCAGUGUCGGAACUGUGGCAGGCGCAAUUUCUAUAGGUUACAUGUUGUUUGACUAUAAAAAUUUCAUUACGAUUUCUGAUGUACCUCUUGUCAAAAAUUAUAUUAACAACCCCCUCAAUCAAUGCGUGAAACUUGAGAUUUAUACUGGUCCAUUAGGACUAUACAAAGAUGGCAUGGAAAUAGGGUUGGGGUUAAAAUUGUUUAUUGCAGGUUGUGCGUUAAACACAUUGAAUAUUUCGAUUGCUUCUAUUCCACUAUAA